AUGAAUGAAACAUAUUAAAAUCUGAUUUCAUUGUAUUUUGAAAAAUUAAAAAAAGUGCUCCCACAAAAGCUAAACUAUUUUAAAGAGAUUAUCUCUAAGUUCUCAGGAUAAGAUAAAUCCUAUUUUGGAGAUCAUAUAAUUAUUUUCAAAUAGGGAAUUUUGAUCAAAUAAAGUAAAACUAAAGAAUUGACGUUAACAACUCUAAUUGUAAAUUAUUAAAACAUUUUAGAACUUAGUAUCAAAAGGCUAUAUUGAUGGCUGUUUAUAAGACAAUACAAAUAACUUUUAAUAAUCUGAAAUAAGUGAAAUAACUGAGACAACAGGUAAAAAAAAAGAAUCAUCAAUGAAUGUGAUUUAAUCACUUAUACAUUUAGUAUAAUAAUGCUUGGUGGAUAAGGAUGAAAUAAUUUUGUUAGCAUUAAAAUUAUUGAUAUCACUUGCAAUGAACCCAUUCUGUAAUAUGUAAUAACAUGAACUAACAAAAAUAAUUAAAACAGUUGUGUAUGUAUAUGCGCAAUCUAAGUCUUAAAAUAUUGAUAAAUUAUGUAAAAGCAUUUUCUUAUAAAUUAUUUUGAUCACAUUUCAAGGAAGUAAUUGUGAAAUUUUGGUUAAAAUGACAUUAGAUAAUAUUGUAAAUAAAGUUUCUAAUCUAAAAUAUUGCUAAUAAUGUGGGAAAUAAGGGAAGUUUGAAUGUAGAUAAAAUAGAGUAACAGUGUGUUCUUAUAGAUGCAAGAAAUAUAUCUAAGAGGCAAUAGAAAUACAAUAAAAAAAUUAUGAAAAUGCUUAGAAUAUAUUUGAUUUGUUAAUUAGAUUAUUAUCACCUAAGCAAUAACUUCAAUAGUUAAAAAAUUAAAUAAUUUUACUAGAAGGUAUUUAUUUUAUAUGCGAUAAUUACAAUUUUUGUAUUUUGCCUUAAAGUAUAUACAAUUUAAGUUCAUACUUAUUUAAAUUCUGUUUAUAAAAUGAAUAUUAGUUAUAUUCGUUAAGUUUUAAAAUAUUUCAAAGAUUAGCAUUCAGUAAACAUAAAGAAAUGAUUAACUAAAUAAAUAUCUUUAUAAACUAAAUAUAUAUUAGUGUUCUCAAAAACAAAAAUACAAAUGAUUAACACAAAUAAACAACUUUAGAAUCUUUAUAAAAUAUAUUUUAAAGAAAGUAUGCCUCGCUUGAGUUUUAUUUGAAUUACGAUUGUAGUAUAAAACAUGAGUUUUUAAUGGAAAAUAUCAUAAAUACUUUGCAUAGUAUUUUUUUAUAAAAUGAAUAAUUUCGACCUGUGAUUACUUAAAUAUAUCAAUCAAUCAUUAUAGGAAUAAAAGAAACAUUUAUCGAAAAGUUUAUAAAUAGUUCUUAAUAAGAGUAACAACAACAACCUGAUAUUGAUGAAACUGUUUUUAUAAACUAAUUAGAAAUGUAAAGACAACAAAAGUAAGAAUUAUAAAAAGGAAUUGAGUUGUUUAAAAAAAACCCAGAUAAAGGUGUAUAAUUUUUGAUAAAAGCUAAUAUUUUAUAAGAAGAUCCAAUUCAGAUUGCUCGAUUUUUAUUAGAAAAUAAAAGCUUAAAUAAAGAGUGUGUUGGAUAAUAUUUAGGUGGUCAUCACCAAAUUAAUAUAUAAGUGUUAAGUGAAUACACAAAUUUUUUGAAGUUUCAUAAUUUCUCAGUUGAAUAAGCUUUAAGACAAUAUUUGGAUUUAUUUACUUUACCACCUGAAUCUUAGUAGAUUGAUAGAGUUGUAUAGAAAUUUGCAGAUAAAUUUUAUGAAGAUAAUUAAAAUAGUUAGAAUUUUCACUUUAAAUCUAGUAGUAGCAUUUAUACUUUUACUUAUCUCUUAGUUAUGUUAUAAACUGAUUUGCAUAAUCCAAAAGUUGUUGAAAAAAUGAAAUUAACAGAUUUUAUUAAAUUAGCUAGAUAAAUAAAUGAUGGUGAAGAUUUACCAUAAGAAUAUCUGACAAUUACUUAUCAUUCAAUAUAAAAAAAUCCACUUGCAGUUAGAGAAUCUAACACAUCCAUGAAUGCAUUAACAUCUAAUGUAUAUUAAAAAUAAAUGGAAGAACUUUUAAAGAAGAUUAAAGAAUUAAUAAAAAGAUAAUCUAAUUCUAAUUACAUUCCAAUAGAUUCAGAAACUAUCUUUUUGUCAAAAGGUCUGAUUGAAUCAUUUUCAGGUAAAUUCUUAGAUAUUCUUUUAUUUAAUUUUGAAUCCUCUCUUAAUAGAGAUAAUUAAAUAAAGAGUGUUAUUUUAUUAAUUAAAUUAUCGUCAAGAUUAUCUAUUAAAAUAGAAAACUUGGUUUAAGAUGUUUUAAAAGUUGGUUUAAAUAGUUUAAGAAAAGGAAAUAGUAUGUUAAUGAUUGAGUUAUUAUCUAUAAUUCCAACUAUUGGUAAUUCCUUACAUGAACAAGGAUGGAAAUCAGUUUUAGAAGUUGUUAGUUUAAUUGAUGAAUUAAGGUUAUUAGAUUAAGACCAUAUAGAAAAGGUUUUUGUGUUUUCAAAAGAUUUAGAUAAUUAAUCAAUUGAAGAAUUUAUUAUUUAAUUGUGUUAAUUAUCAAAAUAAGAAAUAUUUUAAAAGAAUCGUAUAUAUUCUUUAUAAAAACUUGUUGAAGUUAGUGAUUAUAAUAUGGAUAGAGUCAAAGUGAUAUGGAAUAGAUUAUGGUCUAUUGUAAGUAAUCAUAUUUAAGAAGCAGUCUCACUUAGAGUUAAAAAAAUUACUAUUUUUGCUGUUGACUCAUUAAAAUAAUUGAAUAUCAAAUUUCUAUAAAAAGAAGAAUUGUAUAAUAUACAAUUUUAAAGAGAAGUUUUAAAACCAUUUGAAUUGAUUUAUGCUCACAGUGAUGUUGAUGAAAAAGAAUUUAUAUUAUUAUGUGUAAAAUAAAUACUAUAAAAUAGUAAGACAUACAUAAAGAGUGGUUAUAAGGUAAUAUUUAAUUUAAUAAAUGUUGGAUUAAAAGAAGAAAAUGAUAAAAUUUCAAAGUUAGCUUUUGAUCUCUUGAAAUUUAUAGAAAUUUAAGAAUCGAUUUUAAUAGAUUUAAUUUAAACUUAUUAAAUUUUAGGAAAAAAAGAUGAUGAAAAUAUGGCAAUAAAUUCAAUUUAAUUUGUAAAACAAUGCUAAAGUUAUAUGAUAACUUAAGAGUAGCAAACAUUAUAAGUACCAUUAUUAGGAAUUUUAUCAAAUUUGGCUGGUGAUAAACGAAUUCAAAUUCAAACUCAAGCUGUUGAAACGUUGUUUUAUAUUUUAUAAGAGAAAGGCAGUUUAUUUAAUGAAGAGUAUUGGAUUAUGAUAUUUUCUUCUGUAUUGAGGCCUAUAUUUGAUGAAAUACAAUUUACUUUAAGUACUAAUCCAGAACUCAACUAAUACUGGUUUAAAGAUAGUUGUUAAAAAGUGUUUUAAAAUAUAUCAAGCCUAAUUAAGAUGCAUUAUACAAAAUUAAAAGGAUAAUUAUCAGAUUUUCUAAAAUUAUUUUAAAAUUGUAUUUAAAAUUAGAAUGAAAAGUUAGCUUAAUUAAGUAUAUAGGCAUUUAAAACAAUGAUCAUGGAUAAAGGAGUCUAAUUUGAAUAAAAAGACUGGGAAUAAAUAUUGUUAUUUAUAUAAUAGAUGCUAAAAUAUACAAUACCAACUAAAUUAAAAGAAAUUCAUUAAUCUGGAAUUAGAUAAGAAGAGUAAUAUACUGGUAAAUUAUAGUAAAAUGAAUGUUAUAGUCAAUGUGCAUCUUAAUUAUUAUUAAUUUAAAUUAGUAAGGAUAUAUGCGAACUUUAUUAUCAGAAAUGGAGUCUAAAUCAAUUGGAAAAUUUGGAGAUAACCUUUUUCGAAUCAUAUUAGUUUGCUAAAUUCUUUAAUCAACAGAUAGAGUUAAGAUAUAAUAUUUGGAAGUCUGGUUUUAUGCAAGAUAUGAAUGUAUUACCUGGAUUACUUAAGCAAGAGAGAGAAGCAUUUUCUGGUAUGAUAAUGAUUAUAUAAUUAAAAAUGAAGAUGUUAAAAUAAGAAUAAUAAAAAGAAUAAUAAUUGAGGGAAUAUUAUUUGUAAGAAUAAUAGUUGAAUUAAGAAUAGUUGAAUUAGCAUUUAAAAAAAGAACAAUAAUUGAAAAAUUAAUAUGAAAUAGUCUUAAAUAGAUAUUUGUAAAUCUUGUUGGACUCAAUUAAGCAAUUCAAUUCAAAACAUAUUUAAUUUAUAAAUGAAUAAUAAGAAACUGAAGAAGAUCCACUCAUUAAAAUAAAAUCGUAUGAAACUGAAAGAGAUAUGCAAAAUCUUAGAACUCUCUUGGAUGUAUCAAUUUUACCUAAGAUUUUAUUGUUAAAUGAUGAUGAAGUAAUUUUGAUUAUUAAUUUAGAUGAAACUUAAAUUAAAUGAGUUUUAUGAAUAAUUAUUGAAUGCAUGUAGUUUUAUAGGCGAACAUAAUAUAUUAUAAAUGAGUUGUUAGGAUUGUAAAAAAUGUGUUAGAUGUUUGAAUUAAUAGAAAAAUAAUUUAUUUUUUCAAAUUAAGAAAUGCUUACUAAAAUUGUUUGAGUUAAAAUGA